UGUUCUAAGAUUACUCACAGUAGAUUUCCAACUGGAAUAGUAGUUCCUAUGUGUCCCAUUCUAUGAGAACUGUAUUCCAGCAACAAACCUAUUUAGUUCAAAUUCUGUAUGAAUUUUUCCUUGUGUUUUAUUUUCCUGUGUAUUCAGAAGUAUGGCGCAUGAUGAGGAAACAUUGGCAUCACAGGGACCGGUGACCUUCAGGGAUGUGGCCAUAGAUUUCUCUCAGGAGGAAUGGGAAUGCCUGGACCCAGCUCAGCAGAAAUUGUACCUGGAUGUGAUGUCGGAGAACUACAGCAACUUGGUGUCCGUGGGCACAUUCUGUGACUCCUCAACAUAUUGUCUCCUGAGGAAACAACCCGACCCUGAUCAGGACCAGGACCAAAUGGCUGCUUCUCAGGAACCGUUGACCUUCAGGGAUGUGGCCAUAGAUUUCUCUCAGGAGGAGUGGGAAUGCCUGGACCCAUUACAGCAGAAAUUGUACCUGGAUGUGAUGUUGGAGAAUUACAGCAACCUGGCCUCCCUGGUUAUGUCAUCUGAAGAUGACCAGGCCUUUAUGCCAAAGUCCGGAAUACAAGAUUUAUUCUCUGAAAAAAUACUGAGUACAUAUAAUGGAGACCAAAGUUAUCAGUGGUAUGAACAUUGGAAAAACUUUAAGCAAGAGUCAUACCUUAAUAAUCAGUGGAGAAGCGAGCUUCCAGAGGACCAUUAUAAAAGUGGAAAAGUCAUUGACCAAAUGUCCAAUCACACUACACAUCAAGUUAUUCCUAUUGUGGAGAAGACAUACAAAGGCAGUAAAUAUGUCCAGUCUUUUCAGCAGUUUUCAAAUUACACUGAACAAGAGAAUAUUCAUAUCGGGGAGGAGGCUGACAAAUGGAAUCCUUGUGGUAGACUCUCCAGUCAAAUAUUCAAUCUAAAUAUGGAAAAAAUCCAUAAUGGAGAAAAAACUUAUAAAUGUAAAGAUUCUGAUAGAACAUCUAAUUGGCCUUCAGGUUGUACUCUAAAUCAGAGAAUUCAGACUGGAGGGAAGUCUUACAAAUGUAAAGCAUGUGGCAAAGUCUUUAAAUGUCAUUCUUCUCUUAUUGUACAUAAGGGAAGAAUUCAUACUAUUGCAAAAUUUUGCAAGCUCAGAGAAGAUGGAAAAGGCUUUAGUCAGUUCUCAAGACAUACUCAACAUCAUAAAAAUCAUACAGGAGAAAAGUCUUAUAAAUGUUCAGAAUGUGACAAAGCCUUUACCCGGAGCUCAACCCUUAGUAUUCAUCAGAGAAUUCACACUGGAGAGAAACCUUAUGACUGUAGAGAUUGUGGCAAAGCCUAUGGAAGCUCCUCAGACCUUACUAAGCAUCAGAGAGUUCAUACUGGAGAGAAGCCUUAUAAAUGUAGAGAAUGUGGCAAAGCCUUUAGAUGGUCCUCAGAUCUUACUAAGCAUCAGAGAGUUCAUACUGGAGAACAGCCUUAUAAAUGUAGAGAAUGUGGCAAAGCCUUUUCACUGUCCUUAUACCUUACUAAGCAUCAGAGAGUUCAUACUGAAGAGAAGCCUUACAUAUGUGGAGAAUGUGGCAAAGCCUUUACACUGUCCUUAUACCUUAGUAGGCAUCAGAGACUUCAUACUGGAGAGAAGCCCCAUAAAUGUGGAGAAUGUGGCAAAGCCUUUAGAUGGUUCUCACAUCUUACUAUGCAUCAGAGAGUUCAUACUGGAGUGCAGCCUUAUAAAUGUAGAGGAUGUGGCAAAGCCUUUAGAUGGGCCUCAGACCUUACUACGCAUCAGAGAGUUCAUACGGGAGAAAAACCUUAUAAAUGUAGAGAAUGUGGCAAAGUCUUUAGCCGGCCCUCAACCCUUAGUAUUCAUCAGAGACUUCAUACUGGAGAGAAGCUUUAUAAAUGUAAUGAAUGUGGCAGAGCCUUUACACAGUCCUCACACCUUACUUCUCAUCAGAAAAUUCACACCGGUGUGGAGUCUUAUAAAUGUAGGGAAUGUGGCAAAAUCUUCAGUGGAGCAUCAGAACUUACUUAUCAGAGACUUCACAGUGGAGAGAACCCUUAUAUAUGUAGAGAAUGUGGCAAAACCUUCAGUGUAGCAUCAUACCUUACUUAUCAUCAGAGAGUUGACACUGGAGAAAAGCCUUAUAAAUGUACUGAAUGCGGCAAAGUCUUUAGCCAAUCCUCACACUUUACUUGUCAUCAAAGAGUUCACACAGGAGAGAAACCUUAUAAAUGUAGGGAAUGUGGCAAAGCCUUUGGCAGCUCCUCAGGCCUUACUAGGCAUCAGAGAGUUCAUACUGGAGAGAAACCUUAUAAAUGUAGAGAAUGUGGCAAAGCCUUUAGAUGGUCCGCAGAUCUUAUUCCACAUCAGAGAGUUCAUACUGGAGAAAAACCUUAUCAAUGUGGAGAAUGUGGCAAAGCCUUUAGAAGAUCCUCAGAUCUUUCUAAUCAUCAGAGAGUUCAUACUGGAGAAAAGCCUUUUAAGUGUAGAGAAUGUGGCAAAACCUUUACACUGUCCUUAUAUCUGACUAGGCAUCAAAGAGUUCAUACUGAAGAGAAGCCUUACAUAUGUGGAGAAUGUGGCAAAGCCUUUACACUGUACUCAUACCUUACUAGGCAUCAGAGACUUCAUACUGGAGAGAAGCCUCAUAAAUGUGUAGAAUGUGGCAAAGCCUUUAGAUGGUCCUCACACCUUACUACGCAUCAGAGAGUUCAUACUGGAGAAAAACCUUAUAAAUGUACCGACUGUGGUGAAGUCUUUAGCCAGCCCUCAACUCUUAGUAUUCAUCAGAGACUUCAUACUGAAGAGAAGCUUUAUAAGUGUAAUGAAUGUGGCAAAGCCUUUACACAGUCCUCAGACCUUACUUCUCAUCAGAGAAUUCACACCGGAGAGGAAUAUUAGAAGCCUUAUAAAUGUAGAGAAUGUGGCAAAUCCAUUGACUGGGGAAGUAAGAUUACUGUACAUUCUAAAAUCCGUACUGGAGAAAAACAUUAUAAAUGUAAAGAAUGUGGUAAAACAUUUAAUUUCCUUUCAAAUAUUCGUGAACAUGAGAGAAUUCAUACUGGAGAGAAGCCUUAUAAAUGUGGAGAGUGUGGCAAAGCCUUCAGGAGGUCCUCGAAGUGUCGUCGUCAUCAGAGUAUUCAUACCGGAGAGAAGCCUUAUAAAUGUAGAGAAUGUGGUAAAGCCUUCAGUGAGUCCUCAAUCCUUCAUCAACAUCAGAGAGUUCAUACUGGAGAAAAGCCUUAUAAAUGUAAAGAAUGUGGCAAAGCCUUCGGUGCGGCAUCAAGUUUUGCUUAUCAUCAGAGAGUGCAUACUGGAGAGAAGCCCUAUAAAUGUGGAGAAUGUGGCAAAGCCUUCAGUAUGGCAUCAACACUUACUAUUCAUCAGAGAGUGCAUACUGGAGAGAAGCCUUAUAAAUGUAGAGAAUGUGGCAAAGCCUUCAGUAUGGCAUCAACACUUACUAUUCAUCAGAGAGUGCAUACUGGAGAGAAGCCCUAUAAAUGUGGAGAAUGUGGCAAAGCCUUCAGUAUGGCAUCAACACUUACUAUUCAUCAGAGAGUUCAUACUGGAGAGAAGCCUUAUAAAUGUGGAGAAUGUGGCAAAGCAUUCAGUAGGUCCUCAGUCCUUACUGUACAUCAGAGAGUUCAUACUGGAGAGAAGCCUUAUAAAUGUGGAGAAUGUGGCAAAGCCUUUAGGAGGUCCUCAAUAUGUAUUCUUCAUCAAAGUAGUCACACUGGAGAGAAGCCUUAUAAAUGUAGUGAAUGUGGCAAGGCCUUCUGUAACUCCUCAAACCUUAAGCGACAUCAGAAACUUCAUACUGGAGAGAAGCCUUUUAAAUGUAGAGAAUGUGGCAAAGCCUUCAUUGUGGUUACAGACCUUACUUAUCAUCAGAGAGUUCAUACUGGAGAGAAGCCUUUUAAAUGUAGAGAAUGUGGCAAAGCUUUCAGCAGGUCCUCAGCCCUUACUGUACAUCAGAGAGUUCAUACUGGAGAGAAGCCUUAUGAAUGUAGACAGUGUGGCAAAGCCUUUAGUAAGUCCUCAAACCUUAGUAAUCAUCAGAGAGUUCAUACUGGAGAGAAACUUGAUAAAUGUAGAGAAUGUGGCAAAGCCUUUAACCAGUGUUCCUGCCCUAUUGUACAGCAAAGAGUUCAUAACUCCUUACAGUUACAAGGAGUGCCAUUAUUACUUUACCAGCAGUGAGAACUUACUCAGCGCCAUAGAAUUCAUACUGUGAUGAAGCCUGAUGAAUGUGAAAAAUGUGGAAAAGCCUUUAAAGAUAUUCGUGAU